CACAGAGAGAGAGAGAGAGAGAGAGAGAGAAAUUAUCCGCCUUCUUCCUCCAAUUUCCGUCUUCAUACAGGAAAUUGGGCCUAAAACAAUUGUUAUUUGUCAGCAUUUAUCGUAUGUGAUUUGUCGAAACCAUUCCUUUGGGAUUGCUGUACCUUCAGAAUUGAACAAUGUUGUGCUGUGGAGGUGCAGAAGAGGAAAAUUACAGUGGUCCUCCAGCAAACCAAAGUACAGCCCCGCCUAGAGCGGGCAAUCCUUAUGGUGGUGGCGCUGGUGGCAGCAGUGAAAGACAAGAGCCAAGGACUUCAGGUGCUAUAAGAACUGGUGCUCCACAGAAAGUUCUGCCUAUUGAGACACCGGCUUUGUCAUUGGAUGAGCUAAAUAGGUUGACAGGUAAUUUUGGUACAAAAGCUUUGAUUGGAGAGGGCUCUUAUGGUAGAGUUUUUUUGGCAAAGUUGAGCAACGGCCAGCAAGCAGCAAUUAAAAAGCUAGAUACCAGUUCUUCUCCAGAGCCAGACUCUGAUUUUGCUGCCCAGUUGUCUAUAGUUUCAAGACUUGUGAAUGAGCACUUUGUGCGGUUGAUUGGAUAUUGCCUGGAGGCAAACAACAGAAUCUUGGCAUACGAGUACGCUACAAUGGGUUCAUUACAUGAUGUCUUACACGGUAGGAAAGGGGUGCAAGGGGCAGAACCUGGUCCAGUUCUCACCUGGAGUCAAAGAGUCAAGGUUGCUUAUGGUGCAGCGAAAGGCCUUGAAUUUCUCCACGAAAAAUGUCAGCCUUCAAUUGUUCACCGCGAUGUCAGAUCUAGCAAUGUGUUACUGUUCGACGAUUUUCUAUCCAAAAUUGCUGAUUUCAGCCUGACAAGCCAGUCUUCUGACACUGCAGCUCGGCUGCAUUCCACUAGGGUCCUGGGGACAUUCGGCUACCAUGCUCCAGAGUAUGCCAUGACAGGACAGAUAACUCAGAAAAGUGAUGUUUACAGUUUUGGAGUUGUUCUUUUAGAACUUCUGACAGGAAGAAAGCCAGUAGAUCACACCAUGCCCAAAGGACAACAGAGUCUUGUAACCUGGGCUACUCCAAGAUUGAGUGAAGAUAAAGUGAAGCAGUGUGUGGAUCCCAAACUAAAUGAUGACUAUCCGCCAAAGGCUAUUGCGAAGAUGGCAGCUGUUGCGGCACUUUGUGUUCAAUAUGAAGCAGAUUUUCGACCCAACAUGACCAUUGUCGUUAAAGCUUUGCAACCACUUCUCAACUCUAAGCCAGCGGGGCCCUGAGUCACGUUCAUAAGGCCAUACCCACUGAGCACGUUGUACUUUAUUAUUGUGUUGUAUCCACUGAAUAUCUGAAUCACUGCAGUUAUUGUUCCAGUAGCAGCAUUGGAUGCUUCUGUGCUCUUUGAAGAUGAUCUACUGGUAUAUUUAUGAGCGCAUGUUUGUUUUAAGAACGUUUGGGGGCAACUAAUUUCUUGAAGCUCUAGGAUUCAUACAUGGUGGAUUUAAUAUGAAAACUAGUUUUAUUUUGCAAUUUAAAAAUGUUGGC